AUGGAAACGAAUGCUACGCUUGCAAAGUUCGAUACUGCGGAGACGGCGGACUGUGUUGAGUCCUGCCCUGUGCCAGAAUUUGAAUCGUCAAUGAUAGUAGCCACCUACCAGCUUCAUAAAGCGGUAGAGACUGGUGAGACCCUGGACCGCCGCAGUGGCAUGCUGCAACAUUUUAGUCUGAGCUGCGAUGGCGCCGCUAUCACAGACGGCUUGGAUAUCUCUGUUCAUAAGUUGGGUGAUGUCACGGCGUCAAGUGGCAUCUUUGACAUCAAGUGGAGUUCAGAAAAAAUAUAUGAUAAGGCGAUGCUUGGCAUUGCCACGGCAAGCGGCUCACUAGAGCUGUACGAACUGGCUCGCGAAAACAACAAGGAUGUGUUACGCCACUCAGGGCUGACUUCGGGUACAGACGCAGCAUCAAUGUGCCUUUCGCUAGAUUGGAAUAAUCGUUCGCUCUCGAACGCUCAACCUUCAAUUUGUGUAAGCCAUUCAGACGGCACGUUGUCCAUUUGGAACACAGCAUCCCAUGGCAUCGUUCAACAGAUAAAGUGGAGUGCACAUAACCUAUAUGGAUCACCCAUUGAGGUGUGGAUAGCAGCUUUCAAUUGCCAUGAUCCAAAUAUUCUCUUCUCGGGCGCGGACGAUGCAACGCUCAAAGGAUGGGAUGUACGUGCUACUGCAGCUCCCAUCUUUAAAAAUAUGCAGCAAUACUCUAUGGGUGUUUGUAGUAUCCAGUUUCACCCGCAUGAUGAGCGUCUGGUGGCUGUAGGCAGCUAUGACGAGCAGAUUGCCAUCUGGGACCACCGCAAUUUGACACGCCCGCUGGUCAAGUACGGAGCCGGUGGCGGUGUCUGGCGCCUCAAAUGGCACCCACAUGAAAAUCGCAAAGAUAUUUUGCUCGCAGCGUGCAUGCAUAAUGGUUUUCAGGUUCUGAAGCUGGCCAAAGAUGCGACGAAACUCGUCAAAGCGGCGAGCUAUAAUAGCCACAACUCCCUUGCGUAUGGCGCGGAUUGGUGGCUUCAUCCGGUAGCGCUUCAGGCGAAGGCACCCAUCGUGGGUUCAGCCUCCUUUUACGAUCACGUCUUUCACGUUUGGCGCCGUUCACUGGAAUAA